UCCAGGGUCCGAUCAGCUUUGCAGAAGCCCAGUAGAGUUGAGCAAACCACCAGAGCCAUGAAGACCCAAGGUUUCUUCCUCCUGUUCGCUGCGGCCGUCUUCACCUCUGCCAGAGGAAACCCCAUCGAGACUGCAGACAACAUUCCAGUCCAGGAGAACUUCAACGAGACAAAGCUUUACGGGACGUGGUACGACGCUGCUAUUGGCAGCACCUGUGGAUGGAUGAAGAAACAUAAGGACCGGCUCAGCAUGGGGACUCUGGUGAUCGGUCCAGGGAAGACGAGUGCGGAAAUGAGUGCCACCAGCACUAGGAUCAGGCAGGGCCUCUGUAGCGCACACACCACAGACUAUCAGAAGACCAGCGUCCCCGGGAAAUUCACCGCACACAAUCCUAAAUGGGGGGCAAAUAUAGAGACCUACGUGGUUCGAACCAACUACGACGAAUACGCUGUCUUUGUGAUGAAGAAAAACACCACCUAUGGACUCAGCACCACCGCCAGACUUUACGGAAGGAGCCCGGAGCUGCGUGAAGAUCUGGUAGCUGAAUUCCGGCAGUACGCCCUGGACCUGGGGAUUCCUGAAGACUCCAUCUUCAACCUGAUUAAUAAAGGGCAGUGCCAGCCUGGGCCGGCCACAGGUGAACCACAGAUAGGUGAUUCUGCCAGAAAGGAACUUUCUGGGAGGAUGAGGAGAGCCGCCUUACUGGAUGAGGAAGGGUCUGCCGACGGCUCUUUGCCAACUUUUGGAGGCAAUAAAGAAGACCACUGCCUGCUGCCAAAGGACGCCGGCCCCUGCCUGGGGAUGCUCCCUCGGUAUUUCCACAACACCACUUCCGAGACGUGCGAGGUCUUCUUCUAUGGAGGGUGCCUGGGGAACGGCAACAACUUCUUGUCUGAGAAGGUCUGCCUUCAGACGUGCAGGACCGAGGCGGCUUGCCGGCUUCCCAUCCUCCCAGGAGGCUCCUGCAACGCCGAAUUUUGGGGGUUCGACGCCAACCAGGGCAAAUGCAUCACCUUCCGCGGGUGCGGGGGCAACGCGAACAAGUUCUACCUUGAGAAGGAAUGCAAGGAAUACUGCGGAGUCCUCCCUGAUGGGGAGGAGGAGUUCCUCCAGCUGUCACGUCCGUGAGGCUACUGGGGAAAGGUAACGGAGGGAAGGCAAUUACCUGUUUCGAAACUGCCUCCCUGGCCUGCAUCGGGGCGGAAUAAAUACGUUAUUUUACACUGA